CGGGCGCGGGCUGACGUGGCGGGGGCUACGUGUAGGUCUCUGGCUGCCGGCUGAAGGGACCGGAGGCCGCCGCCCCGGGACCUAGGCGAGUGGAGUGGCGCGGCGGCGGGCAGCAGCGAUGCCGCUGGAGCUGGAACUGUGUCCGGGGCGGUGGGUGGGCGGGCAGCACCCGUGCUUCAUCGUUGCCGAGAUCGGCCAGAACCACCAGGGCGACCUGGACGUGGCCAAGCGCAUGAUCCGCGUGGCCAAGGAGUGUGGGGCCGAUUGCGCCAAAUUCCAGAAGAGUGAGCUGGAGCACAAGUUUAAUCGGAAAGCCUUGGAGAGGCCGUACACUUCGAAGCAUUCCUGGGGGAAGACAUACGGGGAGCACAAGCGCCACCUGGAAUUCAGCCAUGACCAGUACAGGGAGCUGCAGAGAUACGCCAAGGAGGUUGGCAUCUUCUUCACUGCUUCUGGCAUGGAUGAGAUGGCUGUUGAGUUUCUGCAUGAGCUGAACGUUCCGUUUUUCAAAGUUGGAUCUGGGGACACUAACAAUUUUCCUUAUCUGGAAAAAACAGCCAAAAAAGGCCGCCCAAUGGUGAUCUCCAGUGGGAUGCAGUCGAUGGAUACCAUGAAGCAAGUCUAUCAGCUGGUGAAGCCCCUGAACCCCAACUUCUGCUUCCUGCAGUGCACCAGCGCGUACCCGCUCCUGCCCGAGGACGCCAACCUGCGUGUCAUCCCGGAAUAUCAGAAGCUCUUUCCUGACAUUCCCAUAGGGUACUCUGGGCAUGAAGCAGGCAUAGCAAUAUCUGUGGCCGCCGUGGCCCUGGGGGCCAAGGUUCUGGAGCGCCACAUAACUCUGGACAAGACCUGGAAGGGGAGUGACCACGCGGCCUCGCUGGAGCCCGGCGAGCUGGCCGAGUUGGUGCGGUCCGUGCGCCUGGUGGAAAGGGCCAUGGGCUCCCCGAUCAAGCGGCUGCUGCCCUGUGAGAUGGCGUGCAACGAGAAGCUGGGCAAGUCUGUCGUGGCCAAAGUGAAAAUCCCAGAAGGCACCAUUCUGACCCUGGACAUGCUCACUGUGAAGGUGGGCGAGCCCAAAGGCUACCCUCCGGAAGACAUCUUUGGCCUGGUGGGCAGGAAGGCCCUGGUCACGAUUGAAGAAGACGACACCGUCAUGGAAGAUGCGGUAGAAAAUCAUGGCAAAAAAAUCAAGUCUUAAAAUAAAGUGCCAUUUUCUGAGUUCUGA